AGCGGACUCUCGCAGGGUCGUCGGGCUGCAGACUGAGGAGGAGCUGGAGCUGAAUAAUUUGCAGUGAUCGGACUGAAGUGGAUCGAAACUCCGUCAGACAUGAACGCGUCUUCGCUGGUUCCGGUCCUGGUCCUGGUCCUGGUUCUGGUUCUGACCGUGUGCGGGGCCCGGUCUCCAUACCAAGCGGUUCUGCAGCACAGUCGUAUCCGAGGCCGACAGCAGGGACCCAACGUCUGCGCCAUGCAACAGAUCAAAGGGACGGACAGGAAGUACUUCACCAACUGUAAACAGUGGUACCACCGCAAGAUCUGCAGCCAGCCCACGGUGAUCACCUAUGAGUGUUGUCCAGGUUAUGAGAAGAUUCCUGGAGAAAAGGGAUGUCCCGCAGCUCUACCUCUGGUGAACAUCUACAACACUCUGGGAGCAGUCGGAGCCUCCACCACUCAGAUGUACUCAGACCGAGCGAAACUCAGCGACGAGAUCCAGGGACCAGGGAGCUUCACCUUCUUCGCCCCCAGCAACGAGGCCUGGGCCUCGCUACCCACUGAAAUCCUUGAUGCUCUGGUCAGUAACGUGAACAUUGAGCUCUUGAACGCUCUCCAUUACCACAUGGUGAACCGGAGGCUGACGUCUGAGGAGCUGAAGCACGGAUCCUCCUUCGCCUCCAUGUACCAGGACUCCCCCGUCCACAUUCACCACUACAGCAACGGGAUCAUCACGGUGAACUGUGCUCGUCUGAUCAAACCCGACCAACACGCCACCAAUGGCAUCGUCCAUGUGGUCGACCGCGUCAUCACCGCCGUCUCCAAUGACAUGGAGUCGAUGAUCGACAUUGACGACGACCUGGAGACGCUACGGACGGCCAUUGCUGCCGCAGGGCUGACCGCCAUGCAGGGCCAGUACACCGUCUUUGCUCCCACCAAUGAGGCCUUCGAGAAGAUUCCUCAGGAGACCCUGAACAGGAUUCUGGGAGACCCCGUGGCUCUGACUGACUUGCUGAACUACCAUAUCCUGAAGAACGUGCACUGCGCCGAGUCGAUUGUGUCAGGGACCCCGAUGGAGACUCUGCAGGGUGCCAUGCUGGAGGUGGGCUGUGACGGAGACCAGAUCACUCUGAAUGGGAAGGCCAUUGUCACCAGGAAGGACCAGCUUGGAACCAACGGAGUCAUCCACUACAUCAAUGAGCUGCUCAUCCCGGACUCAGUUAAGACUCUCCUGGAGCUGGCUGAAGGGUCCUCCGUUUCAGUGGCCACCAAGCUGUUCAUUGAGGCCGGGCUGACCCCCCACCUAACGGGCUCCGAGGCUCUGACCAUGCUGGCACCGCUAAAUGAUGCCUUCAAAGGGAGCAUGACCAUGACGCCCGACAUGAGAAAGCUGAUGACCAAUCACAUCUUGAAGCAGCAACUGUCCUCGAAGUCUUUGUACCACGGUCAGGAACUGGAGACUCUGGGAGGCCUCAAAUUGCGAGUCUUCGUCUACAGGAACAACCUGUGCAUCGAGAACACCUGCAUCGCUGCUCAUGAUAAGACCGGUCGAUUCGCCUCCAUGUUCACCGUGGACAAAGUCCUCACGCCACCGAUGGGGACGGUCAUGGACGUGCUGAAGGCCGAUGACCGCUUCAGCGUCCUGGUCGGCGCCAUCCAGACGGCCGGGAUGACGGAGCUGCUCAACCAGCAGGGGGCGCUCACCUUUUUUGCUCCCACCAACGAGGCGUUCAGUGCCUUGUCUCAGACUGAACUCAGCCGGCUGAUGCGAAACCGCCAGGAGCUGUCGGCUGUGCUCAGGUAUCACCUGGGGGAGGGCAUGCUGGUCAGCGGGGGGGUCGGCUCUCACACCAGACUCCAACCUCUGCAGGGCGAGAAGCUGGAGCUGGGCGUGAGGAACUACACGGUCUACGUCAACAAGAUCCCGGUGGUCCACACAGACCUGAUGGCCACCAACGGAGUCGUCCACGCCGUCAACAGCAUCAUCAAACCUCUGCCUCCAAAGGUCGACCGGGAGCAGGCUGAUGGACCGGCAACUUCACUCAGACCCGCCUCCUCCCACGCGGACUCAAAGAGCUUCAGGAAUGAUGAUCUUUUCCAGAAGGUGAUCCGCAGCCGCUCCAGCCGGACGAUGAGUCAGUGAAACUGAAGAAGAAGAAGAAGAAGAAGAAGAAGAAGAAGAAAAGAAAAUGUUUUUAUUUCCUUUGACUUUUUUACCAAAUCAGUGUUUACUUUGGUUGAUGAGAGUUUGUCGUCCUGCAGCUCGUCUAAAGGCUCCAGUGUUUUUUUAAAAUAAAACUGAAACUCUCGUGUGAGUUUGUUCACAA